AUGGAUUCAGAUCAAAAUGUAAUGUUAGAAGUGGUGACUGCAGAAGCAUUUUCAGUGCUCAGAAAUGCGAUGUUCGCUACGGUAAGUCUUGUUUUCAAAGUGAAAUUCAGACAAUUCUCGAUUAAUUUAAUUCCAGUAUCCGAUGGCAUGUCAGCUAAUCAAAAACGAACCGAAAAGCGCGAAAAAGAGCAAAAAAGAGGAGAAGAAACGGAAAACAAGUGAGCAAUUAAAAAUUACGACCAUUUUCGACAUUUUUCCCAAUUUCAGAAGAGGAAUCGACGCCCACGUCUUCUGCUCGAGAGAAGCGCAGAAAAAACGAGGAGAGCACGUCUUCUCCAAUACCCGCGGCACUCGAUUCAGAUUCUGACAGCGAGAUGAUGUCCCCUAAGAAAAAGAAGAAGGCGUUGGACUCAGAUGAGGAGAAGGAAGACGACGAAACCGAAAAAGAGAAAAGAGCAAAGCAGGAGAAAGAGAAAGCAAGAGAGAAGAGGAAGCAGAAGGAAAAGGCAGAAAAGAGACGGUCGGCGGAAGAAUUGUCGGCCAAGAAAAAGAAGAAACAAUCGGAGGAGAGUGAUAGAAAGAGAAAACGAAAGGAUACGGUGGAGAGUGACAGUGGAGAAGGCCCUUCCGCUGCAGAUAUCACGUAUGUUCCCCUUUUUCAUUAACACAUUUCGACAGAUUUCUCAUUCCAGAACGCGCCGUGACUCUUCUUCGUCUGCAAGCAAAAGCGUCGUGCUGCAAGAACGCGACUGCUCCGGAAAGAGCCGAAAACAGCUGCUCGCCGAGUUCAAUUGUGUCGCGGCUCCGCUUUCGGAAUUUAAAGAGUACAAAGAGUUUAUUGAAGAACGAGAGAUGCUCAAAGAGUACGGGCAGCCGCCGAACUAUCUGGAAGACAUUCAACAGUUCCCGGAAGAGCAGCUGCUCACCUGCGACUCCGAAGCAUGCCCUUUCUUGCUCAUUUAUAAACAGUUUGUCUUUUGUCUUUAAAUGCACCCUUCUCAAUGUUGCUUUCCAGACCGUUCUCCGCUCUUUAUCAAGAAGCCCGGAAGAAAUGGACGCCUCCAGUGAACGACACUCCGACCAGUUCGCAUCUCAGAAAGUGAGCACUCAACCUGAAUUUCCAUCCUAAAAUUCUAUUCAUUCCAGCAAAUGCGUCAACUGCGACAAAAUGCUCUCACUGGUGCCUUCGAGCACUUGGAAGAAGUAUUUGGGCGCGAACAGCUACUAUUGCUCUGUAAAAUGUAUUUCCGGGAAGGUUACCAAAGUGAUGAGGGUGAGUGGAAGGUUUCGGACAUUUCAUGAUCGAAAUUGGCACUUCCAGACGAAUCCUGAAGCGGAAAUGGUGACGGUGAUGAAUGCGUUGACGGGAGAAACUGUGAAUUCGGGCCUGUACACGCGGGAACUCCGCUCCUUCUUCCUCCUCUCUCCGCAUUGGAUGCCGUUCAGCAUUGUGCCCACUGCUGCCCCAGAAGUCGUCAAAAAGAAGACUCCGCAGAUUGUGAAAGAGCGCGAGAAGGCGAAAGAACAACACGAACGGGAGCUGGAGGAAAGGAGAAAGAAUGCGGCGCUCUCGAAGCCGAUCCCCAAAAAGAAGCCCGAAACGACGGAAUCCACGCGGCAAACCAACCGGAGUCACAUGGAAAAUGCGAUGAAUCAACGCGUCGACCGACUGCACAUCAAAGGCAUCGACAGAAGACAGGUCAAAGAUCUUGUCGAGCAAAUCGAGGAGAAACUCUUUGACAAGUGCGAUCGCAACAUUUCCCAUCCGAAAUACAGAGUGUGGAAGCAGCAGUUCGUGCAUAACUUUGAAGCGGAGAGUGCCAAGGAAUUCGUGUUUGCGGUCGUUUUGAAGCGAUUGUCAGUGGAGAAGCUUGUCUCCUUCGACGCGAAUACUUUGAGAAAUCCAGCGAGUUGGAAGACGAAACCAGUCGGAAUUCCUAUUCAGCAGAAGAGAAAAAGCACUGUGGCGAGGAAUGUGAGUUGUCUAGCAUAGGUGCGGGAUGUUUGAGAAACGCCAAAACAUUUUCUCCAAGUGUUCUCGUGUAUCCAAUUGAGACAAAGCUAGAAGAAAAUAGCCCAUAGAAGUAAUGGAGACACUUAGGGCAACCUGACAACCUUUUACAUGUAGUCGAGACAACUUUUUUUCAGCCGCUCGAUGCGAUUCUCGAUGAUACCCGUGACACGACCUCCGAGCACAUGUCCCAUUCGUUUUCGAAAACCUGCAAAGUGUGCCAGAGCAAGCAACUGGAAGCUGCCGAAGAGAAACUGAGAAAACAAAAGGAAGAAAAGGAAAUCAGCGAGCGAAGAGAACAGAACAGACUUCUCAUGGAAUCGAUUCGGGCGGAUGAUUACGAAAAACGGAAGAGAGCACACGAGGAAAAUCAGAGGCGGAAGAAGGAGGACGAACGGGAAGCACUGGAAAGACAGCGGAAGCAGCGGGAAGAGAUGGAACAGCAGCGGGAGGAGGAGGACUACGGCGGCGGCGACUACAACACUCCGAUCUACGACUUUAACGGCCCUUCAGACAAGGCCAGAACAGAGGAAGCGCCGCCACGUGGAGAAUGGGACUUCCCGAUUCGAAUCUACAUGGCCGACAAGCCAUUCGACUCGAUCGUCACGCCCAUCUUCACCCAAACCGAUGACAAUCGCCCGAUGUUCCGUCUUUUUUAUCGUUUGAUGGCAGAGCAAACGUUCAAAUUGCACACCCCACGACGCAUUCCGAGCUUCAUUACGACUUCAUCGAGUGCACUCAAUAAGACGCACACGUGCGCGUUCGCAGUGCUCAAACUCACCGCGACAGGCUCGGUUCGCAGCUACGAUGACGUUCUGAAGUACAGCAUCGACCAGGACAACGUGUACCAAUUGGAUUUUCCGGUUGGCGAUGAGAUCAUCUCGAUCUUCCUGUUCCCGCACAAAGGAUCCGAAAUUCUUCACGACACUUUCGCGCCGGUCAAGUACAACAUUGGAACUGCGCAAAGCUGCUUCAUGCUCAUCGUCGUACUGCGCCCCGAAUACGGAGAACGCUUCCAGUACUCGGUGCGUGUCAGCGAUAUAGUAAUGAAAGAGCAGGUGCUGCGGAUAGAACGCGAGAAACAGAUGCUCACCUCGUGGAGAUCUACGCAAGAACCAAGAGACAGUGGACAGAGGAGAGGGAGACGGACUUCGGAAACGUCGCCUGAACGAGAAGUGGAAGAGCAUCAUCGGCCACCCACAGUCGAACCUCUUCCGGUCGAACCGCCUGCUUCGGACGAUUUGGCGUCGAAGAAGGUCUAUUUCAUUCUUCAAAUCAUCAACAGCAGACAGAAUUUCUGUAAGUGUUCACGUUUCAUAACGUUUUUGAAAAUCUCUCAUGUUUCAGCUGACAUAGUCUCUUCUGCAAACGAUUUCAUGCAUGAUCCGGAUGUUUCUGAUGCGGACAAAGACAGAAUCAGGGAUUUAAUCGAUCAGAAGAUCAAAGAAAGGGAGCAGCAGCAGCAGCAGCAGCAAGAAACCACCCAAGAAGCUCAUCUCGCCACGAACGGAAAGGCCUCCACUGGCCCAUCCACUCCAGCUCCUCAAAUGGUCCCGGUAACACAAACCGCUUUAGAUUUCACUCGUCCUCCUCCGAUUCUUCCGGUCGUUCCAAUGGAUCCUGCUCCGAGACUUCCACUUCCUCCGCUACCACCUCCAAUGGAUCAGGUCACUCCUAUGCCAUCGCGUAUCGUUCCGAUCGCCGCCCCGGCCGGUCCACUGCAAUUCCUGCCACCUCCUGUCCCACCGCCUGUUCCACCGCCGCCUCCUCCUCCUCCUCCUCCGCAACCUCAGUUCAUAGAAGGACUCGGAAUGACCGAUAACGAGAUCGUCGCAGAUGCGAUCCGACGUGGGAUGGUCGCUCCUAUCCCACAAGAACUGCUCAUGUCAUCCGCCACUGGGCCCGGACACAUUCGCGGACCUCAUCCGUUGGUUUCGGCUACAGGCAUGAUGAACUCGUCGCUGGAGAAUGACAUGCGGAAACUGAUGGAAAUGGAGAGACGGAUUGAGAUGGAGAAGAGAUUUAUGAAGGAUAUGGAUAAGGCCGAAGAAAGAAGGAAGCAUCGGACUCAACAGAACGAAGACGAGCGGCAUAGCAUUGCCGAGAGAAUGGAUCCGAUGGUUCCGACGACGUCAGCCGCCGGGAACAUGAAUACGAUGCAUCCACCGCCACAUCCGUAUCCAUAUCCACACCCACAUCCGCAAAUGCAUUUGAAUGAUAAUAAUAACCACGCGGUCAGACCGAUGGAUCCAGGUGAGAAUGAACGAUCAGACAUUCUAAUCCCUUUCGAAGGUUUUUUAGCGCCCGUCCCACCGCCCGUCUUUGCUCCGCCUAACGACAUUGGAAAUAAGCGGCGAAACGUGAGGAAGACGCGCGGGAAACGUCGCAUAACAAGCGAAUCGAUGGACAUUGACGACUCGGAAUCUGAUGAGGCUUCCACCAGCCGCAGUUCUUCCCCGUCUCCACCACUUCCGCCGCCACCUCCACCUCCGCCGCCGCCAGACUCCCGGCUUCUUCCGCCACCACCAAUGCCAGUCAUUCAAAGAGCACCGGGAGGAAUGCCGCAGCCCGUGCCGCCGCCUCCGCCGAUGUUCUCUCCGUCCAUGAUAUGCCCGCCUCCACCGCCACCGAUGCCCAUUGAGCAGAGGGAGUUUCGUCCGCCACAUCAAUAUAAAGAUGAUAUGGAGAUGGACGAUGACGAGAGCAAAGAGAUGCUUCUGCCACCAGUACCACCGAACAUGCAGAUGAAUGGAGGAAUGCCGCCGCCAAUGAUGCGUGGAGGACGUGGAGGACCGCCGCCAAUGAUGAGGGGAGGAAGAGGCGCAGGACCGCUGAUCAGAGGGAUGCCUCCGAUGCGAGGAAGAGGAGGACCACCACCGCCGCCGAGAGGAGGAGGACCGCCACGCGGAUCACCGAUGAGAGGAGGGCCUCCGAUGAGGGGUGGACCGCCCAUGUUCCGGGGGGGACCACAUCCGUCUGCAAGAGGAAUGCCGCCGUUGAUGAGAGGAUCUCCGAUGCGAGGAGGCUUCGGAGGACCGCCCAGAGGAGGCAUGCCACCGCCAAAGUUCUUUCAGAGUGAGCUUUAAAAAUUUUAAUUAAUUGAACUGUUUGAAUUGAUUCAGAUUCACCACGAGGACGUGGAGGACCGCCCGGAGGAUUCCCGCCACGUGGCGGAAUGAACAACAGCUGGAGAGGACCGCCGCCUGGACCGCCCGGACCCGGAGGACCAGGAGGACCAUGGCCAAGAUUUUAA